AAAAGGGUGCCAAGAAGCUGGGACGAGGGAACGUGGGUGUAAAUAGACAGUGAACGCUCUUGGUCUCUCUUUCUCUCCCCCUCUCUCUCUCUCUUCUCUCUCCCUCCCCCUUAUCUCCUUCUCUCUGUCUCUCUUUUAUAAAAUCAAUGAACGAGUUAUUGGGUAGGACAUAAAUAUAAGGAAUCAAAGCCUCAACUGGGACCAACGGCAUCGCGCGCUUUUGAUAUGCGUCUUCGCCAAAUGCUACAUGUGUUUUCACAUCAGUGUAAAUAUUGGCUUUGAUAAGACGGCAGCGGAAUCAGCUCUGGUACAGCGCGGUCUCGGAGCCAAAUUUUGACCAAGACUUCAACCAGCUUUUUUUAAAUUGUUUUUUUUUUUCAACGUAAAAGCGAUUUUCCACCAUCGCCAUCUAUAGCUGCUGUCCUACCCAUCCCAACUCAGCGGCCGGUCCGAAGAUGGCAACUUUAACCAAUGGGCAGGUGGACGGCACGGUGCACGGUGUCGGGGUGGUCUCCGCCAGCACGAACGGGCUCGUGAACGGAUUAAGCCACAACCACAGCCCGGUGGGCUGCCCGGCCACCAUCCCCAUGAAGGACCACGAUGCUAUAAAACUCUUCAUCGGUCAGAUCCCCCGCAACCUGGAUGAGAAGGACCUCCGGCCACUCUUCGAGGAGUUCGGCAAGAUCUACGAGCUCACUGUGCUGAAGGACCGCUUCACAGGCAUGCACAAAGGCUGUGCCUUCCUCACCUACUGUGCCAGAGAGUCGGCCCUGAAAGCCCAGAAUGCAUUGCACGAGCAGAAGACCCUGCCAGGGAUGAACAGACCGAUCCAGGUGAAGCCAGCAGACAGCGAGAGUCGAGGAGAAGACAGAAAGCUCUUUGUCGGCAUGCUCAACAAGCAGCAGUCAGAAGAUGACGUGCGGCGCCUUUUCGAGUCCUUCGGCAGCAUCGAGGAAUGCACCAUCCUCAGAGGUCCUGACGGAAACAGCAAAGGCUGUGCAUUUGUAAAAUACUCAUCUCAUGCUGAAGCUCAGGCAGCCAUCAGUGCACUACACGGUAGCCAGACAAUGCCUGUGGGUGGAUGGGUGGGUGCACAGGGUGCCUCAUCCAGUCUGGUGGUCAAGUUCGCCGACACGGAUAAGGAGCGCACCAUCCGCCGCAUGCAGCAGAUGGCCGGUCAGAUGGGCAUCUUCAACCCCAUGGCCCUGCAGUUUGGAGCCUACGGAGCCUACGCUCAGGUUCAGCAGCAGGCGGCGCUUAUGGCGUCUGUAGGACAGGGAGGCUACCUCAGUCCAAUGGCGGCCUUUGCCGCAGCCCAGAUGCAGCACAUGGCAACCAUCAAUGGUAUCCCAGGGGCACCGAUGACACCAACGUCAGGUGGCAGUACUCCUCCAGGCAUCAGCGCCCCCACAGUGACCAGCAUCCCCUCCCCCAUUAGUGUGAACGGUUUUACUGGCAUGCCACCCCCGCAGGCAAAUGGGCAGCCGCCUGCAGAGGCUGUCUUCACCAACGGGAUACAUCAUUACCCUGUGUUGCAGGAGGUGGUUUUUAGAGAGGACUCGGAGAAAAACGGCUUGGGCGUGGCUCCGCGGAGUUGUUUUGGGGUUCAGGGUGGCUGCUUCCUGUCCUCUCUCUCUGAAGCUCAAAGUCCCACUGCAGCUGAUCCUCUCCAGCAGGCUUACACAGGAGUCCAGCAGUAUGCAGCAGCCUACCCCGCUGCAUACGGCCAGAUCAGCCAAGCCUUCCCCCACCCUCCACCUAUCAUUCCACAGCAGCAACGAGAAGGACCAGAGGGUUGCAACCUGUUCAUCUACCACCUCCCUCAGGAGUUUGGGGAUGGAGAGCUGAUGCAGAUGUUCCUCCCUUUCGGUAAUGUCAUCUCCUCCAAAGUGUUUGUGGAUCGGGCGACAAACCAAAGUAAAUGCUUUGGGUUUGUGAGCUUCGACAACCCAGGUAGCGCCCAAGCCGCUAUCCAAUCAAUGAACGGCUUCCAGAUCGGCAUGAAAAGACUCAAGGUGCAGCUGAAGAGGCCAAAGGACGCCAACCGCCCCUACUAGCCCCCACCCCUGCCAGCCGCCGCCAAUCUGGUCGGCCGGGGGCAGCCGUCUAACACCAGGGAAAGACAGGUUUUGUUGAGCUGAAUCAUAUGUUGACUUCUUGCUACCCACCACUGAGUGCAAACUCAACAUCUGGACCACUGAGGCUGCUUCACAAACAGAGGAGAGAGAGAGAGAGAGAGAAUGAUGGACGAGUCAAGGACACCUCCUUUUGGAUGUACUAAAACUUUGGAACUCAGAGAGAAUUUGUACCAGCCUGGUUAACCCCAGGACCUUUUUUCUUCUGCACACAUAUACACUCUUUCCUGUUUCCCCACAAAAUCCUGCUUGAAUGACAGCUACCUUUUCUGGACCACAAAAACUUUUACUUGAACAUUAAGAGAAAAAAAAAGUAAAAGAAAGUAUGUCAAACCUAACUACAAUGACCAACCCCACUGAACUCCUAAAGGGAAUAUGGAUGUCAAAAAUCCGACAAGAACAAUACUUUUUAAAAACUGACUAGAGGAUUGCCGUAGGAGAUCUUUCUGUAAGAUGGUUUGAGUUUGGACAGUUGAAGUUUGAAGACCAAUUUAUACGACUUGAAACAAGAAAGGACAAGACAUUCUCGGAGAGAGAACUUAAGUAGGGAAUGUGAUAUUUUCAGGACACAAAUUGGCUUCAAUUUGGGACGGCCAUCUUUAGCUCGGAGUGCCUGUCCGUUUCCAGGGGAUACCGUUGCCAAGGAGAGCCAUAGCAACGGUCUCCAGGGAGUCUUACCUGUCAUUCCUUAGUUGUUUUAGGGACCAAAAGACCAAACGUUUUUAUUGCUGAGGACUUGUAGCUCUAAUAUACUCGGACCACUGCAUCUCUUUCAGUCAGAGGUAACUGGUUGAGGAGUUGCACUUAAAAGAAGUGUACAUUUCGAAUAUAUACAACACAUGUACAUGUACAUAUAUAUUGCUGAUAUGCUUUUUGAAUACAGGCAAAACUAUUUCAGAUGACCAUAUGGGGUCUCUCACUUCGCUAGUUUACAAUUACUCAAAAAUGUUUAUUUUUUUCUCUUCUCAUUUUGUCUUGGGAGGGAUGGCGAGUGCAUGGGAGGGGCUGCUCCGUAUCACAGCCUUAUCUUUUUUAACUUGACAUCCUAACCUCAUAGAUAGAAAAACAUCAGAA